GGAAAGAGAGACGGAGAAAGAGAGGGAUGGUGGGAGAGGGAGGACAUAGGACCACGAUGCGCAGAGGAGAAGCUGUGACUGGAGAUUGUUAGAGGGGCUGGGGAGCUGCGGUCAGAAAACAGGCGAGCUUUGGGUCUCUGUUGGUUUUCAGUAGGGUGUCUGGAGCUGGUUGCUCUUGAGUUAAGUGGACAGUCUGAGGGCACUACAGCCACGUAGGGAUCCUAAGAAGUGGGUGAGGUCUGGGAGGGUGACGGGUGUGCAGCCCAGCAGGGCUAUGAAGUCCCAACACUCCCCAGAGAACGCGGCCAGGGAGAGGAGCCGUGUACGUAACCUCCGCCAGGCCUUCCACAGCCUGCAGGCAGCCCUGCCCUCCGUCCCCCGUGACACCAAGCUCUCCAAGCUGGACGUCCUGGUCCUGGCCACCGACUACAUCGCCCACCUUACUGAGACCCUGGACCAGGGCGGGGCUCUCUCUGAACUCACAGUGCCCCCCAGGGCAGGGGGCUACCUCCACCCAGUCAAGAAGUGGCCGAUGCGCUCCUUGCUGUACUGUGGGAGUGUGGGAGCACUGCUGUCAGCCAAUCAGAAGCCAGCGUCAGGGGAGGAGGAAACACAUCCACCGACCCCUACCCCAGAGGUCGACAUGGACCAAUCCAUUUAGGACUAGGAGCGUUGAAAUACAAUAUAUCCAACUGUGAUGCUUAUGAAACUGCAGCGAAUGGCAAUGUAAUGUAUGUGCUAAACACGGAAACACCUAGAACAAUACACCUAGAACAAUGUCAAGAUUGAAAUCAAAUACACCAAAAUCAAAGGAUCGCUUUAAAUCACUCAUUUAUUACAGAAGCAUAAAUCACUACUUGAGAAAAGUGUGCCGACUUCGGCCACUUCAAUAUUCGGGCUGCACACAAUUGGCCCACGGUCGUUCGGGUUUGGCCGGGGUAAGACGUCAUUGAAAAUAAGAAUUUGUUCUUAACAGAUUUGCCUAGUUAAAUAAAGGUCAAAUAAAUAAAUAUCAUGGUUUCUGUUUUCAAAACAAUAGAGAGUUAGAUAAAUAUCGACAAACAGAAAAUUCCCCACCUUACCUUGUAGGCUUGACAAUCUCCGAAUGUCAUUGAACUUUUUGGUGUUUUGUAACAGAUGUCUCUUUCCAUUCAGCAAUUGGCAGCUGCACAGUUUGGAGUGAUUGAAGGAUACAUGUUAUUUGUAAAGAUUUGAAAAGUGACCCGGAUUGCACAACAAAGUCAGGGACUUAUUUCCAUUGUGGUUCCUAUUUUUAUUUUUUUUUUACAUUCAAAGCAAUAUUCCAGUGACUUAUAUUGUGUUUUCAGCUUUAAGAUGAAUUCAAGUUGUGCUCCUGGAUUUGUUUAAUUUUUAGUGGUAUAGAUGUAUUGGGGGUUGGAGUGAAAGGAUGGACAGAUUAACAGAAAGGGAGUUAUAUAUUAUAUAUUUAUUUUGCAACCAUGCAUUCAGCUGUGGAGCCCUGAGUACUAGUCCAGAUCUGUGCUAUUUUAAUUUUGAACCCAAAUUCAUAUUUUCAAUGACGGCCUAGGAACAGUGGGUUAACUGCCUGUUCAGGGGCAGAACGACAGAUUUGUACCUUGUCAGAUCGGGGAUUUGAACCUGCAACCUUUCGGUUACUAGUCCAACGCUCUAACCACUAAACUACCCUGCCGCCCUGAUAUAACGACUGCUUUAGCGUAAAAAUGUAUUCAAACAGCAGACAAACAUGACUAAAUUGAUGUAAUGGCUUUGUUUGAGCUAUCAAACAUACCAGCGAGCUCCAAAAUAAUUGGGACAGUGACACGUUUUGUUGUUUAGGCUCUGUACUCCAGCACUUUGGAUUUCAAAUGGCAUUUUCAUCCAUAUCGGGUGAUUCAUUUAGAAAUUAGAGCACUUUGUCACUUUUAUUUUAAAUAAGAAUAGAAUAUGUUUGUAAAUGCUUCUACAUUAAUGUAGAUGUUACCAUGAUUACAGAUAAUCCUGAAUGAAUCCUGAAUAAAUUAAGACACAAAUAUCACACCCCCAAGACAUGCUAACCCCUCACCAUUACAAUAACAGGGGAGGUUAGCAUUUUUUGGGAAGAACUUUGACUCAUUAUUCACGAUUCAUUCAUGAUUAUCUGUAAUCAUGGUAGCAUCCACAUUAAUGUAGAACUGUUUAGAAACAUAUUCUAUUCUUAUUUACAAUAAAAGUGACUCCAAAAUUACACAAUACAUUUACCAUUCAUUUAUUUUGGGCACAAAAUAAUCUUUAACAACCAAAAUGAAAAGCAAAUGCCAACAAAUGUGUAGUCUCACAAGCUUGAUGUAAUCAUUGCGUACUAUGAAUAUGCAAGUGCUUCUACACUUGCAUUGCUUGCUGUUUGGGGUUUUAGACUGGGUUUCUGUACAAAACUUUGUGACAUCAGAUGAUGUAAGAAGGGCUUUAUAAAUACAUUUGAUUGAUUGAACAUGGGACCAAAUACAAAACUUGUUACUACUUUAAUACACAAGUGAAUUUGUCCCAAUACUUUUGGUCCCCUAAAAUGGGGGGACUAUGUACACAAAGCUGUAAUUUCUAAGCAGUUCACCCAAUAUGGAUUAAAACAUACCUUCAAAUUAAAGCUGACAGUCUGCAUUUUAACCUCAUAGUCAUUGUAUCAUUUCAAAUCUAAAGUGCUGGAGUUAUCGCCCAGAAAAUGUACACUACCGUGAAAUCAUGAGGCAAUUUCAACAUUUCGUCAGGAGAGACGUGGUAGACACAUAUUUCAUAUUCUGAUAUUGACCAAGAAAUACACUUGUGACAAACACAAUGCACAAUCAUUUCAACUCCACUAGCACACAGCUAAUGUCUAAACAGACUGUUGCCACGUAUUUGUGCUCAGGCAGACAGAAACCGCUUUUGUUGGCUGUAACAUGGACGAGACCAUAGAAGCAUGGUCGUCAUUAUGUCUCCCCCUUGAGCAACAUGGGCUCGGGUCCACAAGAAACGGUACAACGUUCAAGGCUAGCUCUAUAAAUCUGUUGGGGGGGAUCUGAUAAACCCCCACCCCCCCCUUCACUCUCAUAUUAAUGGAUAAUCUGGACCUGCCAGAGCUGUGCUACUAAGCCAGGGGUUACGGAGGGAAAGGAGAGGGCAGACAUUGUGGUGAAAGAACGUGGGAAUGCUAGACAGACAGUACUGCCCAACGUUCCAGCAUUCCAACUAAGGUUAUUCUGAAGUCGAGAUCUCAGUGGAUAAAGCCGACUGGCCAGGGAGGAUCUGUUGCAUUGGGCAAUAUAAUGAAUGGGUAUAAAUUUGAAUUCUCAUAUACUCAUUUUUAAUGGCAAACCCAUACUGCAUGCCAGGACAUGGAUUCUCCAAUUGUAUUAUUUAAAUGUACCAUGUGUCCUCAAAGUGAGGGUCAUCAACUAACAAACUUGAUUUAAAACGGCCCUUUUGGCUUGAACCGCAAACAGAUCUUUAGGUGUGAGUGAAUGUGGAUAUUUGUGCCAAUAAACCCCUAUAACCCUGA